CCCUUUGCAAAAGCCUGCAAGAGGACUUUGCAGCUGGGGGCGCAUAGAGGCGCCGCUGCUCUCUGGCGCGGGGCUCUCCUUCUGUUCCUUCCCUUGCGACUUUGGGGGGGGGCGGGGUUAAAGCCCCCCCCCCUGAAGGGAUCUCUCUCUGCAGAUCACUUCCUGCUCGCACCCCCUCCGCUCCCAGGCAUCGUUUGGGAAAGUGAGGAGGGUUUGCGCUCCUGGGUAGCAGCUCAAGCCUUUCACCUGUGAAGUAUUUCCCAGAGAAAGCUGUUUGGAACAGACCACCUUGUAAAGCCAGCCAGUAAGCCCCUGGCAUCCUCCUUGCCUCGGGAAGGAAAAGAACCUUUCGUGCAUGAAGGUAUUUGAGGGACCUUUCUGAGCACAGAGAGAAAAUGGAGGUGCCAGGAAUCUCCUCAGGCAACGAGGCGUCAGGGAAGGACCCUCGGGCCACCCAGGCUGGAAGCAGCAGGGCAUUGUGGGAGAAAACAGGGCAGAAGAACCUAGGUGGGAAAAAUGCCCACCUGGAUGGUCAACGCCUGCACUUCAAGGAGUUUUGCUACCAGGAAGCCGAGAGUCCCAGAGAGGUCUGCAGCCGCCUCCAUCACUUUUACCGUCUGUGGCUCAGGCCGGAAAGGCACACGAAGGCCCAGAUGCUGGACCUGGUGGUCCUGGAGCAGUUCCUAGCUGUCCUCCCCCCGGAGAUGGAGAACUGGGUCAGGGAGUGCAGAGCCGAGACCAGUUCACAGGCGGUGGCACUGGUGGAAGGUCUCAUCCUGAGCCAGGUGGAGGGGAAGAAGCAGGGAGAGGAGAAGCAGGUGGAAAGGACUUCAGCCAUAGCAGCCAUGGCAGAUUUCUCUGGGGUAGAAGAAACCCCAUCGGACACUGGACUGAGGUCAGUGUUAGGGGGGACCCAGCAGAAGGUUGAUGGAGGUAAGAAUCAAGGGGACAUAUUUCAAGUUGGCCAGAGGGUUGGGAUUGGGGAGGGAGUUACGUGAGGU